UUUUGUCCUGGAAAAACGAUCUCGCUGGGAUUUUUUUCCCCCGUCUGGUGUCAGGCACUUGCUGGGGCAGGCCGGAAUCGAUGCGGGUCCUUCUCGGGCCGGUCGCGGAAGAUUGCGUCACGGUCGCGCGCACGCCCCGGCCCCGGUGGUGGUGGGGUCCGUUUGAGGCCAUGUCGCUGCCGCGGUACGCCCUGUGCUGGGCCCGGCUCCCAGCCCGGGUGGGUUCUGCUCUGCGGCCGGGCCGGGAGCCGGGACCUCGGACCUGGGGCUGGUCCGGUGGGAUCUGGUCCUCCUCGUCCUCCUCGUCUUCUUCGUCCUCGGGCGGCGCCAAGGCUCCGAACACGUCCCUUUACGUUCCGCUGCCCGUGAAGCCGCUCGGACCCAGCGCCACGGGCGACGUGGGGGCCGAGCUCACGAGGCCGCUCAACAAAGCUGAAGUCAGGAAGAUUCUAGACAAAUUUUACAAGAGGAAAGAAAUUCAGAAACUGGGCACGGAUUAUGGUCUGGAUGCCCGACUCUUCCAUCAGGCUUUCAUUGGUUUUAGAAAUUUUAUCUUGCAGUCUCAGUCCUUGGAUGUUGACAUCCACAUCACACUGAAUGAUAUCUCCUUUGGUGCAGCUCACGUGGACGACCUUUUCCCAUUCUUUAUGAGACAUGCAAAGCAGAUGUUCCCCAUGCUGGCUUGUAAGGAUGAUCUCCGCAAAAUCAGCGACUUACGCCUUCCACCCAACUGGUACCCAGAAGCCAGGUCAAUUCAACGGAAGAUAAUAUUCCAUUCAGGCCCUACUAAUAGUGGGAAAACUUACCACGCCAUCCAGAGAUACUUGGCUGCCAAGUCUGGAGUUUAUUGUGGCCCUUUGAAGUUACUGGCUCAUGAGAUCUUCGAAAAGAGUAAUAAUGCUGGUGUGCUCUGUGACCUGGUGACGGGGGAAGAGCGGGUGGUCACAGACCCAGAUGGAAAGCCGGCCGCCCACGUUGCUUGCACUGUUGAGAUGUGCAGCGUCAACUCUCCCUAUGAAGUGGCCGUGAUUGAUGAGAUCCAGAUGAUUAAGGAUCCAGCUCGAGGAUGGGCCUGGACCAGAGCACUCCUGGGACUUUGUGCAAAAGAAAUCCAUUUGUGUGGAGAAGCUGCUGCUAUUGACAUUGUGACGGAGCUUAUGUACACCACGGGCGAGGAGGUGGAGGUUCGGAAGUACGAGAGACUCACGCCCAUCACUGUGUUGAAUCACGCCCUGGAGUCUCUGGACAACCUCCGGCCCGGGGACUGCAUCGUCUGUUUUAGCAAAAACGACAUUUACACUGUGAGCCGGCAGAUCGAGGCUCGGGGGCUACAGUCGGCCGUCAUCUACGGCAGUCUGCCUCCCGGGACAAAACUUGCUCAAGCGAAAAAGUUUAAUGAUCCCGAUGACCCGUGCAAAAUCCUGGUGGCCACCGAUGCCAUUGGCAUGGGGCUGAAUUUGAGCAUAAAAAGAAUUAUUUUUAACUCUCUCAUAAAGCCCAGUAUCAAUGAGAAGGGGGAGAAGGAAAUUGAGCCAAUCAGCACCUCGCAGGCUCUGCAGAUCUCCGGUAGAGCCGGCAGAUUCAGCUCCAAGUUUAAGGAAGGGGAGGUUACUACCAUGUACCCAGAAGACUUGAAGUUGUUGAAGGAGAUUCUGAACAGGCCCGUGGAGCCAAUAGAGGCAGCCGGCCUCCAUCCUACUGCUGACCAGAUCGAAAUGUUUGCGUAUCACCUUCCAGACACGACGCUCGCCAAUUUAAUUGAUAUCUUUGUGGACUUCUCUCAAGUGGAUGGGCAGUAUUUUGUCUGCAACAUGGACGAUUUCAAGUUCUCGGCAGACCUCAUCCAGCACAUCCCCCUGAGCCUGCGGGUGAGGUAUGUGUUCUGCACGGCCCCCAUCAACAAGAAGCAGCCGUUUGUCUGCUCCUCCCUGUUGCAGUUUGCGAGGCAGUACAGUCGGAACGAGCCACUGACGUUUUCCUGGCUGCGCCGGUACGCCAGGUGGCCCCUACAGCCGCCAAAAAACAUCAAGGACCUUGUGGAGCUGGAAGCCAUCCAUGACGUUCUAGAUCUGUACCUGUGGCUCAGCUACCGGUUCGUGGACAUGUUCCCCGACACCAUCCUCGUCCGGGAGCUGCAGAAGGAGCUCGACGGCAUCAUCCAGAAGGGCGUCCACAGCAUCACCAAGCUGAUCCGCAUGUCUGAGUCCCAGCGCAUGUUGAACUUGAACACUUCCCCGGCGGGGAAGCAGGGCCUGCCCGGGGCCGCCAAAUCCACCUCACCAGACACGGCCGAGGCCCAAGCCCUGGAGGCCGCCGUGGUGGAGGGCCUGGCCUCCAAGUCGCUGGCCUCGCGGCUGGUGCGGCAGGGGCGGCUGACCCCAUACAUGCUGAAGCAGCUGAGGAAGGAGUGGCUGAAGCAGCAGAGCGAGGAGGAGCAGGACAGGCCCCAGGACAGCGGCCCCAAGGGGAGGCUGAGGUCGAGGAGGAGGAACGACCCCGAGGCCAACUAGGCUCUAGGUGCAAAAUAAAAGUAACAUUUAUUUUGAAAGCCUCUUUGUGAGUUGCUUGUGAUACCAGCUGCUCUGGCGGGCUCUGGUCCCUGCAGCCCCUCCCUCACAGUCCUAAGUAGCCAAAAGGCCUCCGACCGCCCAGGAAUUGUUCCCCUUCACCCAGAUCUUCCCUGGGUUCUCUCCCUUUCGUCCUCUCUUCACACGUUCCCUGUUGCCAAGUGAUGGGUACUCUGUUGUGGUCCAGGGUUUGCUAUUACAUAUAGAGCUGCUAUAAAUGUUUUUGUAUCUAUGGAUCCUCUCUCUCUCUCUCUUUUUGGUAUUGCUGGCUCAGAACAGAUGCAGUUUAGAGACUCGUGGGCCUAUCUGGGCCCACUUUGUUCCUGCCAGCAGGGCAUUUGUGUGGCUGCUUCCCUUCAGUCCUUCCAGUGGUUGUCAUUUUCCUUCUUGGCCAGUCUUGAGAGGGCUGAGAAGCUCAGGGGGCUUCUGAUUGCAUUCUCUGAUUAUUGAUUUUUUCCUGUGGCUACAUUGUAAAAGAAUAUUUCUAUAACUAAUGAGCCACGGAGCUGUAUUGGCUGCUCAGUCCUUAAAAAGCAUCUUUAAGUUGGUUGUUUCAAGAUUUAUUUCCCGGACCUCUUCUCCCAGUUUUCUGCAGCGUUUUCAGAAUAUGCUUUGAGUGCUCUAGAAUGAAAUCCUGAUUUACUAAGUUGUAUCCCUCGGGUAGCCAAGAAAACUGAUUCAUUCUUAGUUAGGGUCAGAGGUGAAACUGGGCUGAUGUACGGCAGACCCUCAGCCUCCUGGAUCAGUCUUUCGUCCAAUGAGGGGAUAGAAGGGAUGGGGGGUUGGGGGCUGGAUUCAGUCAGGAGCUCCUUGGGGCCAUCAGCUGCCUUCCUGGACUUUGGUGUCUGUCAGUCUGUAUGUAGGGGAGGGGUUUGAAGUAAGUGAGCUCUGUGACCCAUCCCCUCCCGGCUCUCAGUCCUGAAUCUGGUUUGAGCCCAGGACAGCUCUGGGCCAGCCCCCAUGGGUCCUCGGCCUGAGCCAGCCUGGGUUGGGGUGGACACCGUGCCCUUCCUGUGGAUGCCAUUCACAGUACAGAGGUUACUGAUAAGUGUGCGUGAUGAAUGGUAAUAUAUUGUUUAACCGAGAUGACAGUCUCUCUCUUUCAACCUUUGCCUUCUGAAGAACAAGGUGGAAAUGUGCUGCUUCCUGGCCUUGAACCAUUUGGGGGGCUUCUGCCCUUCCGGGAUUGCCGGCCUCUUCCACCUUGGGCUUCAUUUAGCUUCUCUCCCCCGCUUUGGAGUGUAAGAGAAAGUCGUGUUCUCCCCUCAGGAAAAUUCCUACAACAGGAUUGACCCGCCAAGCCAGAAUAGAGCCUAUUUUUUUCUUAAUUGUUGUGACAGGAUGCCCCUCUGAAGUAAGGGUCCUUCCAGGUCUCUUCUCGCUUCCCACACUGAGUUUUUUAGAGGUGGAGACUCAUGCUGGGAGCUUGGGGAAGUCCUGAAGUCCCACAAAUGACAAGGGUAGAGUUGGAAAAGCGGCCACAGAAAGGGUUUGGACGCAGUUGGACGUGUAGCCAAAAGUCUUGGAGAAUCAGGCAGCCCUUCUGUCACCUCUGAGGCCAUGAGCUCACUGCAGGAAGCGGCUCCCAGCCCCAAAGUUUUAAGAUGUGGCUAGGGGGCGGGUCAAGGAGCCAGGCUCUGCUCCUAUUCUUCCAAGGAAGCUUGCUGAUCACUGUGGCCUUGGCCGCGAAUUAGCCUCCUGUGUGAAGCCCGAGGACCAGUCUGAGGGCAGGAGGCGGUAUCGUUGGAAUAGAGACUUAAAAGGAGCCCCAUCUUUGAAAGGAAAAAAGUAGAAUACGUGCUGAAGGGAUUAUAUUAAUCGCCACAUCAAGCUCUGUAUUUUAUAUAUGUUAUACUAAUCACCACAUCAAUUAUAUAUAUAAAAUAGA